AAAAGUUUUUACACACAGUUUUGCGGUUGAUUUCAUUGCUGUAUUUGAAUCUGACGAAAUUGUUCAUUAAUAUACGUGAAUGCAGAGACUGUAACAAGACCCUUCUUCCCCCAACGGUUCUACGUAUAUUGUAAUGUUGACAUCUUUAGCGGAACCAGCGCUGCGCUUGACAUGUCGUUGAAUUACAGACUUUAGUUGGAAGGAGCCCCCGCCAAUGGAAGACGACGACGACGAAACAGACAAUGAGAAUGGGUAGCUUGUUUUAUCAGCGAAUAGCAAGAGUUUCAUUUAAAUAUAGAUUUUUUUAAAAAAAUCAUUAUAAUCUAUGAAACACAACUUGGAUAAUUAAACAAUUAAUUUACAACAUUUUUAAAGCUUUUUUUUUUUUAAAACAAAAAUACAAAACGCGGAGUUAUAUUACUCUUGGGAAAUGGAAACGAAAUAAUAUAUACAAAAGGAAAAUCCGAUUUAAAAAAACUAACUUUUAAAGCAAAAAAAAAAAAAAUUAUAUUAAUUUUGCAAAUUGUAUUGCAUCAAAAUGAAAAUAAAACAACAGGGUUUGUCAUUUACUGGCGGGAAUCUAUUAAUAGAACAUCCGGGCAUACAUUAUUGUCAAUCUCAUUAAAUGUCUGAAAGAUAUUAAUAGAAAAGGAAACAAAAUAAAAUAUACAAAAGGAAAAUACGAUUUAAAAAAACUAACUUUUAAAGCAAAAAAAAAAAAAAUUAUAUUAAUUUUGCAAAUUGUAUUGCAUCAAAAUGAAAAUAAAGCAACAGGGUUUGUCAUUUACUGGCGGGAAUCUAUUAAUAGAACAUCCGGGCAUACAUUAUGGUCAAUCUCAUUAAAUGGCUGAAAGAUAUUAAUACAAACAUCCUGGUAUUCCGUUUGGCCAAUCUCUCAACAGCUGUUCGGCACUUCUACGUUAAUGUUAGCCAGCAUGGUGGGUCUUGACCUUGACCUAUAUAAAAUAAGUUAAUAUGUUGAUCGCAAGAAACAAUUUUCAGAUUGACAGGAAGCCUUUGGGCAUAACAGUGUCUUAGGCGUAGUGGAUUGGGUCGUAUUUCAGCUCACCCACCUCGGGUGGGUUUCAAGUUGUCAAAGCUUGCCGGUCGUAAGGUCGUAAGGUCUGCUUCUGACUUUCCAGGGCGGACGGUGACGAUGAGGUGGCGGACAGGGUGGCCCAGAUGCUGGACAACCAGAAAUGUUACAUCCAGAUGUGCAAGAAUUCCUCGCAAAUUUUACAGAUGUUGUCCCAGUUAAACCAAGGUACGGCAAGAUUGUGCAACAUUUUUGUGACAUCCAGCUUUAACAUGAGUGUAGAAUUCAGGUUAACCGUGCUUGCGUAAUCCAGGUUAACUGUGAUUUUGUAAUCGAGGUACAAUGAAUGUCUAAUACAAUUUAACCAUGAUUGUGUAAUUCAGGUUACCCAUGAUUGUGCAACUCACGAAAAGAUGCAUGAUGGGAUUUUAAGAGCUUUAUUUAAUACAAUUCCGGUUUAGAGAUUGUCUCUAUCUAAUUGUUUUGUUUAUUUAAAAAAUUCAAGUCAGACUAUAUUUAGGUUCGUAUCUCGCUUUGUUCACUGUCAAUCAUGAUUAAUCAAAUCAAGCCCGCCCCCUUCCUCACAGGUGUGUCAUGCAGCACCCAGGUGCUGGAGCUGCAGAGUGUCAGCGAGGAGAGUGACUCGUCGCGGUCAUCCACAUCGUCGGCUUCAUCGUCCCCCACAUCCAUGUCAGGUGACUUUCUUCCUAGAGUGCGCCCUCCCCCAAACUGCUCCCUUUAACCCCCCCCCACCCUCCCCCAAUUCCACUUUUGAAUUGUUUCCGUUGCACUUGAUGGCAGUUGCCAGGGCCGUUAACUUACUCAUGAAAUCUUUCAGUCUUGAACCUCAACAAAAGAAAAGAAGCGAGGCAAGUUAUGCUGUUUAAAGAUUCAUUGGCAUUUUGUGAGCGGUUUUAUUGCUAUGCAAAUUGCGCUCUUGCUCCCAGUGUCUCUUCAUAAUAAUUAUUGGGAAAAUCAGUAUCUAUAUCUCUAUAAUAGAGCAAGGUCAUUGUGUGAAUUAUAAAGCUAAAUAAUCGUUGGUAAAACGGUGAAAUAAGGAAACAGAAUAAAGAGAGAGAGAGAGGGGGGGGGAGGGCGAAUAUUUGUUUAAACUAAAGGUUUGAACAUUUCACAUUAUUGUAUCCAACUCCGAACAGAGUUUUUGACGUCCUGCUCUCCCAGCCGCAACUCUCUCGCAGUCUCACACUCGGCCGGCUUCAAUCGUCCCCCAAAUUCACAUCUGGUCUACAUUUGGUUCAACACUUGAGUUAUAUUGUCCUCAAUUCUGACUUUGGUGUUUAUGGUUUAUGAUGCACUACCUUGACAAAAGAUUUUUCAUGAAAAAAAAUGACCCAUCAUCAUAAAUGUAUUUCAAGAAAUAUGACCCUCCCCUCUCCCCCCUCUCUUUGCGCACCAUUUCUUUCUGGCAUUGUUUGUUCUGGUGUAAUCCUUUCUUUUGUUGUGUGCGCCCCCCACUGUUUGGUUCCGUUCAUUAGAACUCUUCAAGUAUCCAAUGCAAGCAUCAACGUUAUGGGGCAAGUCAUCAUAAAAUAUCCUUCUUUCAAAAAUAAUAAUAACUGUUACUCAGGAAAGCCAUGUUGAGCACCAGGUGAGAAGCUCCACAGGUGAGAAGCUCCACAGACCGAAUGUCAGCGGUAAUUGUACACGGGUUGUUAAUACCAUUGACAAAAUCAAUUUCACAUGGGAAAAGGGGGGGGGGAACUACUUUUAAAACAAUUUAUGGUAAUCUGGUCACGUAAUAUUUGUUAUUUCGUAGCUCCCCGCUGGAGCGCUUUUUAGUCGUAGUCGCAUUAGCCUUAGUCGCAUUAGUCGUAGUCGUAAUCGCAUUAGUCGUAGUCGCAUUAGUCGUAGUCGUAGUCGCAUUAGCCUUAGUCGCAUUAGUCGUAGUCGCAUUAGUCGUAGUCGCAUUAGUCGUAGUCGCAUUAGUCGUAGUCGCAUUAGUCGUAGUCGCAUUAGUCGUAGUCGCAGUCGCAUUAGGCGUGUGACUUGGCGUGUUUUUUCAGGCACAUAGUUUAUAACAAGGAGCAGGGUCAUGAACUCACACUGCGCCCAUGACCUUUUAGAUCAGCGGUUCUCAACUUGUGGGUCGAGACCCCUUUGGGGGUCGAGCAACCUUUACACAGAUGUCGCUUAAGGCUAUCGGCAACACACAUUUAUGAAGUAGCAACAUUUAUGGGGGUCACCACAACAUGAGGAACUGUAUUAGAUUGUCGCGGUAUUAGGAAGGUUGAGAACCACUGUUUUAAACAGUCAGGCGCUCUAACUGACGUUGUCAGUUAAUUAAGCCGAGGCAAUGUUUUGAACACGGGAAUUCAAUGAAUUUAAAAUUGACACCUGGUCUCUCAGAGUUGUUGACGUCUUGAAUGGUUGUGAUGUCAAGUUGAUUUGUGACAUGGCCAGAAUAACCUCACAGCUGGCAACGAACGUUUUUUGUCGUUUUUUCUUUCUAGACGAGCCCCCACUUGUGAUAUGGGCGGAGCCAAUCAUGACAUGCCAAUUAAUCUCCACGACCAAUCAACAUCACGGCUGC